ACGGAUGUCACAGCUCCGGGGGCGGAGCUAACGUAUUCCCCGGACCCUCCUUCCGAGACUCCGCUUCUGGUUUUUAUAGGAUUUGGUUAGCUUCCGCAAGUGCCGUAAACUAGCAGUUCGGGGGAACAAGAGACGGCAAACGCGUCUGCUUUGGCUGCCACGCCGUUAGGGACGAACUGUUCCGAAGAAUCUUCGGAUUCUCGGGAAAACUAAAAACAACAACAACAACAACCACCCCACACAAUCUGACGCGUCACUAGCGUAAAUCAGUGAGAGGGUUCCCGCUCUUUCGUGUUACGUAGAUGACGCCGAGAAGAAAAAGAACCGUCCAAGAAAACUCUCGGGAGCCCCCUUGCGCAGGGCUAUAACACUGCAUUGCCUGUUUCUGAUGAAGAUCUAAGUUAUAAUUAAAUUCCUGAAGAACAGUUGAAGUUCCUAUUGACUGCAAUGGGGAUGUUCCAGCCUCUGAUCGUUGAGUUGCGGGAAUAUUUAAAUAUGAAUCGCAGAGCCCACCCCGUCCCGCAUCAGCUGCAUCCUGCAGUUCACAAUCAGAGCUCCCAAGCAUAGUUGAUCUCUGCCGAAAUGGAGCAUUGCAGGCGUGCUGACCAGCUGAUUGGCACUGACUGCAACACCCACGGGGACCUGCUUCAGGGAUCUUACUUUGCAAUCUGCUCAAGUUCAAGUUAAAGCAGUGGAGCUUUAUGUGAGACAUGGAUAGAUGCAAACAUGUUGGGCGGCUACGACUUGCCCAGGACCAUUCUAUUCUGAACCCCCAGAAGUGGCACUGCAUGGACUGCAACACCACGGAAUCUGUUUGGGCCUGCCUGAAAUGCUCCCAUGUGGCUUGUGGAAGAUAUAUUGAGGACCAUGCACUUAAGCAUUUCGAAGAGACCAGGCAUCCUUUGGCCAUGGAAGUUAACGACCUGUACGUGUUUUGUUACCUUUGCGAAGACUAUGUGUUGAAUGAUAAUCCCGAGGGUGACCUGAAAUUGCUUAGAAGUUCUCUAUCUGCAAUUAAAAGCCAGAAGCAUGAUCCGUCUGCUAAAAGUGGUAGGACGCUACGGUCAAUGGCUUUGGGGGAGGAUGUUUGCAGUCAUCAGAGGGCCCCUCAGGGAAAGCCUCAGAUGCUUACAGCUCUCUGGUACAGACGGCAGUCAUUGCUAGCAAAAGCACUACGGACCUGGUUUGAUAAGAGUUCUAGAGGCCAGCGAAAACUAGAGCAAAAGAAACAAUUGGAAGAGCUGGAGAGGAAGAAGGAAGUGGCCAGGCAGAGGCGUCAAGAAAUGAAGCGGAGAUUGCUGGAGGAAUUGGCAAACACGCCUCCAAGAAAAAGUGCCCGGCUUUUGUCGCACAUCCGCAGAGAGAAUCUCAUUCCUCGGAAAUUCAGAGAUAUGGAAGCAAGUUCCCCUACCUCAAGACGAGUGCAGAAUAGCAAAUUCAAACAAUUCUAUUCCAUCCGGCGUAAGCCUCAAAUGACUCCUGGUGUGACUGGACUAAAGAAUCUAGGAAACACAUGCUAUAUGAACUCAAUCCUUCAAGUUUUAAGUCACCUCCAAAAGUUUAGAGAAUGUUUCUUGACGCUGGAUCUUUGUGAAACUGAAGAACUCUUAGCUAAGACCGUGAAUGGAAAGUCUAGAAUGUCUGGAAAGCUGGUCAAUGGGCCUGCUCCAACCGAUUCAGGGAGGAAUGAUCAACUGGGUUCAUAUGGCAGGCAGAGCCUGCCAGCUGGCUUAAAUGGCGGGUCCUCAAUAAGCAAAAGUUUAGAACUUACACAGCCCAAGGAGCCAAGUUCAAAGCACAUCUCUCUCUGUCACGAACUGCACACGCUCUUCAGAGUCAUGUGGUCUGGGAAGUGGGCCUCGGUCUCUCCUUUUGCCAUGCUGCACUCUGUGUGGAGUUUGAUUCCAGCGUUUCGAGGUUAUGACCAGCAAGAUGCUCAGGAAUUUCUUUGUGAAUUGUUGGACAAAGUGCAGCAGGAGUUGGAAUCUGAAGGAACAAAACGCAGGAUCCUCAUCCCUUUUUCACAGAGGAAGCUCACCAAGCAGGUCCUGAAGGUGGUGAACACCAUCUUUCAUGGGCAGCUGCUCAGUCAGGUCACCUGUAUAACAUGUAACUAUAAAUCUAAUACUGUGGAACCUUUCUGGGAUCUUUCCCUGGAAUUUCCUGAACGGUAUCACUCCAUCAACAAAGGGAUUGUGCCUGUUAAUCAGACGGAGUGCAUGCUGACUGAAAUGUUGGCCAAAUUCACAGAAACAGAAGCUUUGGAAGGAAGGAUUUAUGCAUGUGACCAGUGCAACAGCAAACGGCGGAAAUCUUCUCCCAAACCUCUUAUUCUAAGUGAAGCUAAAAAGCAGUUAAUGAUCUACAGACUACCUCAGGUCCUCCGGCUGCACCUUAAACGAUUCAGGUGGUCUGGGCGUAAUCACCGUGAGAAGAUUGGGGUCCAUGUCCUCUUUGACCAGGUAUUAAACAUGGAACCUUACUGCUGCAGGGACACUCUCUCUUCUCUUGACAAAGAGACCUUUGUCUAUGACCUCUCGGCUGUGGUGAUGCAUCACGGGAAAGGGUUUGGCUCAGGACAUUACACGGCAUAUUGCUACAACACAGAGGGAGGGUUUUGGGUCCACUGCAAUGACUCCAAACUGAAUGUAUGUAGUGUGGAGGAGGUAUGCAAAACCCAGGCCUACAUUCUUUUUUAUACUCAAAGAACCGUGCAGGGCAAAGCAAGUAUCUCAGAAACACAACUUCAAGCUCAGGUGCCGUCCAAACACAAUGAUAAAGAUAGAAGACUAACACUCCCCUGAAAGGAAACAUCAACUGGCUUAUUUUUAUUUUAUUUUUUUAAAAGCCUUUUGGAGUUCACUCAUCUUGGCGGGAACAAAUACUGCUGCAGGAAUUAUUUGGAUCCACAGUCUGGAAAAGUGGGCCUCCUACUAUGUGCAACUGUUCUAUGAGAUUGUAGCAGAACAUCUAUUUUUUUUAAGAACAGAUGUAUUUGUAAAACCCUUCGUCCUCUAAACAAAACAAAGAGUAACAGCCUCCAA